GCCCUAUCUCUCGCUCGCUCUCCACCUGAAACCCUCGAUUUCGAGAUUUGUCGCAGGAAUCGGCGGUCGGCUCCGGGGAUUUCACAGGUGAUGAUCCGAUUCUCUCCCGACCUCUUUCUUGUCGAGCGCCGUUGGUUUCUGACCUGAUUUCUGCGAAGUGGGAGGGGGCUUCGUAUCUUCUGUUGCUCUCUGGUAGUUUGGGUUUAUUCUGAUGGCAUCAGUCUCUAGUCAACCACAGUUUCGUUACACACAACCCCCAUCCAAGGUGCUUCAUUUGAGAAAUUUGCCAUGGGAAUGCACUGAAGAGGAACUAAUUGAACUGGGGAAGCCUUUUGGCAAAGUUGUUAACACAAAGUGCAAUGUCGGAGCUAACAAAAAUCAAGCUUUUAUUGAAUUUGCGGAUUUAAACCAGGCGAUUGCAAUGAUCUCAUAUUACGCAUCAUCCUCUGAGCCUGCUCAAGUGCGUGGAAAGACCGUCUACCUGCAAUACUCCAAUAGGCAAGAGAUAGUGAAUAACAAAACCACAGCGGAUGUUGCUGGCAAUGUGUUAUUGGUAACAAUUGAGGGCAGUGAUGCACGUCUGGUCAGCAUUGAUGUUUUACAUUUGGUCUUCUCAGCUUUUGGGUUUGUUCACAAGAUUACUACCUUUGAGAAAACUGCUGGAUUCCAGGCCCUGGUGCAAUUUUCGGAUGCCGAAACUGCUUCUUCUGCAAAAAAUGCCCUUGAUGGAAGAUGCAUUCCUAGCUAUUUGCUUCCUGAGCAUAUGGGUCCAUGCACCCUCAGGAUCACAUAUUCAGCCCACACAGAUCUGAGUGUGAAAUUCCAGAGCCAUCGGAGCAGGGACUACACCAAUCCAUACCUUCCUGUUGCUCCAUCUGCUAUAGAUGGCAGUGGUCAGUUGAGUGUUGGCUUGGAUGGGAAAAAAUUAGAACCUGAGAGCAAUGUCCUUCUCGCAUCAAUAGAGAAUAUGCAGUAUGCAGUAACAUUGGAUGUUCUUCACAUGGUCUUUUCAGCUUUUGGACCUGUCCAGAAGAUUGCCAUGUUUGACAAGAAUGGAGGGGUCCAGGCUUUGAUUCAGUACCCUGAUGUUCAGACAGCUGUAGUUGCAAAGGAAGCUUUGGAAGGGCAUUGCAUAUAUGAUGGGGGAUUUUGCAAACUCCAUAUCUCGUAUUCUCGCCAUACAGAUCUUAGCAUAAAGGUUAACAACGAUCGGAGCAGAGACUACACAAUUCCCAACACCCCGAUGAUGAAUUCUCAACCUUCAAUACUAGGGCAGCAACCGGCUUCAGCUGUUGGCGCUGCGCCUCAGCAGUAUGGUGGACUUCAGUAUGCUCAGGCUCCCGCUCAACCCACAAUGCAUCAUCCACCCCCUGCAGGCUGGGGUCCGGUCCCUGCAGCUCAGUCCAUGCCUAUGCAAGGUCACAACCCACAGUACAUGCAACCGGGGACCGUGCCUUUCCAGAUGGGCUCUCAGAUGGGCCCUGGAAUGAUGCAUGGCCCGAGCCACCCUGGUUUGCCGCAUCCGCCACCAAUGCCUCCAUAUCAGUCACAAUAGCACUUCUUUCUUUGCUCGGUGCUACAGGUGUGAUGGCCCUUGAUUGAUGCAAUUCCUGUGGGCCUGAAGCUCUCUGGUGGUAUCCUUUUCUUAGUAAAUUUUUUUUGGGGAGAUGGGUGCGGUGCUCAUGUUAUAAUUUCAAACUAUGUUGGGGAACUGUAGCUUGCCAUUUGAUUCGGAGGUUUUAGAUAUUUACUUGUUCAUCAUAGAGACGAUUGACUUUCUGCACCAAUUCGUGAAACCUGUAAAUGAGUUGGGUUGGA